AUGGGAUCCCUUUCAGUGCUUCUUCCCGGCAGUCCUGGUUGUUCCCAUAGCCUACAAUGCUCGCAAGCUUUUCCCGAAGCUAUGUGCAUUCAGCAAAAAUGCACCUGUCCAACCAAUCUUCCUUCAGCUGUUGAUGGAACCUGUGCACAACGUUGUGCAGCUGGUGAAGUAUACUCAAGUAUAGCUGGGCAGUGUAUUCCAACUGUUAACCCCAGCGAACAAUGCUUUUAUUCUGCGCAAUGUCAAACAGUUGAACAAAUGAUGACAUGCGAAGGCAGUUUCUGUCGCUGCCCCAAUGGAUUGGUCUUUUCCGGAUCACAAUGUUCCCAAUCAUGUCCGAUUGGCUAUAUAGCAAAUAGUAAAGGCAUUUGUACUCGGGGUUGCCAAGGAAAUCAGAUUGAAGUAGGAGGAGAAUGUCUGAAUCAGGCCGUUGCCGGUCAACCCUGCCGAGUUCAAGCCCAAUGUAUUGGAGGAACAACUUGUCUCAGGGGACGAUAGACUCUGAAUUACCAUUUCUUCUCCUUUUCUCGAAAUUUUGGAACUGUUAUGGGACCAGGCUAUCAAACCAAUGUGCAAAAAGGCUAA